AGCAAAUCAUGGCUUCACCGGACGCAAUAUGCCACACAAUUGUCUUUGAAGACAGCUCGGAGACUCCGACGACGCAGGAACUGCGUUCUGCCCUCCAGAAGGGCUCAGACGAAGUCAAAAUCGACACGCUACGCAAGAUCAUUGUGUCAACAGUUAAUGGGAACUCACAGCCCCAAUUGUUAAUGUCUAUAAUUCAAUAUGUGAUGCCAUCCAAGAAUAAGCAACUGAAGAAGUUGCUUCACUUCUAUUGGGAAGUUUGCCCAAAGUACGAUGAGAAUGGCAAGCUGAAGCAAGAGAUGAUCCUUGUCUGCAAUGCUAUUCGAAACGACUUACAACAUCCGAACGAGUAUAUUCGCGGUGCAACAUUACGCUUCCUCCAAAAAAUUGCCAAAGAUGCAGAGCUUUUGGAACCACUCAUACCCUCUUGUCGAUCAUGCCUUGAACACAGGCACUCCUACGUGCGCAAAAACGCCGUAUUCGCUGUCUAUUCGAUCUAUCGCGCUUUCGAACAUCUUAUUCCUGACGCACCAGAACUUAUUCAAACUUUCCUUGCUGCAGAGAGCGAUGCAAGUUGCAAACGCAAUGCCUUCGUCUUCCUUGCAAAUUGUGCUAUGCCUCGUGCCGUUGAAUAUGUGUUAAGCGUGUAUGAUCAGAUUCCCGGGUUCGACGAGCAGCUCCAGUUGAGUAUCAUUGAGGUCAUCCGACUGGAUUGCAAGAGCGAUUCGGCACAUCGGCCGAGAUAUAUUCGGUUAAUUUUCGAGCUACUGUCCGCGUCAUCGCAUUCGGUCAAAUAUGAGGCGGCCACGACACUCACUAGCUUAACACAGAACCCGGCGGCUGUGAAAGCUGCUGCUUCAUGUUUCAUUGACUUGGCUGUAAAGGAGUCGGACAACAAUGUAAAAUUGAUCGUUCUCGACCGACUAGAGGUCCUCCGUCAAAAGCACGAACAUGUUAUCGACUCCCUUGUGAUGGACAUUCUUCGUGUCCUUUCAAGUCCUGACCUGGAAGUACGACGAAAGGCCAUCAGUAUAAGCCUGGCCAUGGUUACAAGCAGGAAUGUCGAGGAAGUUGUACUUUUCCUCAAGAAGCAGCUCCAACGUACGAUGACCGAGGAUUAUGAGAAGAUUGCAGAAUACCGUCAGCUUCUUAUUCAAUCCAUCCAUGUCUGUGCUGUCAAAUUCUCGGAGGUCGCAGCGAGCGUCAUACACGCCCUCAUGGAAUUUCUGGGCGAGUCGAACAAUCCAGCCGCAGUGGAUGUUGUCGCCUUCGUUCGUGAGGUAGUCGAAAAGUUCCCCGACCUCCGUCCCACAAUCACGGAGAAACUCAUACAGACAUUGCCUGAAAUCAAAUCCGGCAAAGUCUUCCGUGGAGCGCUCUGGAUUGUCGGCGAAUACUGCGCAGACCCAUCUGCAAUUCAAUCGGUCUUCCAAGCUCUGCGCGUCGUUCUCGGAGAAAUUCCGAUUCUUGCUUCAGAACAACGGCUACUCGACGAGGCGGGAGGUGAUGAGGAGGACGAGAAGACCGGAGAAACGAAAACUGGGACGACGAAGCCGCGAGUUUUGGCGGAUGGGACGUAUGCAACCGAGUCUGCGUAUACGAGUACGUCGUCUGCGAGGUUGGAGGCUAUUAAAGCUGCUGCGAAGCCUCCUUUGCGGACACUCAUUCUCCAAGGCGAUUUCUACACUGGCGCCGUACUCGCUUCAACAUUAACUAAACUUGUAUUACGAUUCUCUGAGAUUUCGUCAGAUGCUGGAGCAUCAAAUGCACUCCGUGCUGAGGCUAUGCUGAUAAUGACCUCAGUCAUCCGAGUCGGGCAAUCUAAAUUCGUAACGAUCCCAAUAGAUGAGGAUUCACAAGAACGUAUUAUGAACUGCCUUCAAACACUGAGCGAGUUGAAGAUCAAGGAUGCUGCCGAAGAAGUGUUCCUCAAGGAUACAAAGGCUGCGUAUAGCAAGAUGAUCAACGCUCAGGAGAAAAAGGCAUUGGAGAAGAAAGAAAAGGAAGCGAAGACGAACGUUGUACAAGUGGAUGACUUGCUCACGUUUAGACAAUUCUCAAAGAAGACGGCGGAUGAUGUCCUUGACUACGAUGAAGACGUCGGACGCGCCACUGGAGCAACAGAAGUCCAGGAAGACUUCAUCUCGAGCUUGAGCAGGAUCUCACAAUUGACUGGCUUCUCCGACGCCAUAUAUGCAGAAGCGUAUGUCAAGGUCGCUGGAUUCGACAUCUUGCUGGAUGUGCUGCUGGUCAACCAGACCUCGGGCGUAUUACAAAACCUUGUUUUGGAUUUUGCGACGCUUGGUGACCUCAAACUGGUCGAACGUCCGACUGUACAUACCCUUGCUCCACAUAGUUUCCUCAGCAUCAAGGCAACCAUUAAAGUUUCAUCAACGGAGACAGGCGUGAUUUUCGGCAACAUCCUCUGGGAGGGAGGAGGCCUUGAGGAAGCAUGCGUCGUAUUGAACGAUAUCCAUAUCGAUAUUAUGGACUACAUUAAGCCUGCGUACUGUAACGAAGCGCAAUUCCGUAGUAUGUGGACUGAGUUUGAAUGGGAGAACCGCGUGAAUGUCACGACCUCCAUAACUGAUCUGCGGGGAUACCUUCGACACAUAAUGAAAUCAACGAAUAUGGCAUGUCUUACGCCAGAGGGAGCAAUGUCAGGUGACUGUGCUUUCCUCUCAGCCAACCUAUAUGCACGCAGUCUCUUCGGUGAAGACGCACUCGCAAACCUCAGUAUCGAGAAGACGGAUACGGGCGCGAUUACGGGACAUGUUAGGAUCCGAAGUAAAACGCAGGGCAUUGCAUUGUCGUUGGGUGAUCGAAUUACGUUGGCACAAAAAGAGAACAAGGCGCCUGUACCUCUGUAGACUUCUCGUAUUCGAUGAUGUCUUUUUAGACCCAUUUCCUUGUCCUGGUGGCUCUCCCUUUAUCUUGUUCCCAUACCUAGAAUUACCUUCACUUUCUACAAUCCGAACUGAUGUGUUGUGUGAUUGAAAGUAUAUAGUUGAUACAUUGGGCAUACUAAUGAUCGACAAGUGGAUGCUCGUCUGUUUGACUGAUUUGAAUAUCCAGUCCUGCAAGUGCUUGGUCUUUGCUUGUUUCCGCAAGAAGCUUUUGUUUGAGUAUUGGAAGGUAUCCACGUUCGGUGUUCGUGUGUCCACAAAGGAUGACGUAGCGGUUCAUUGCCCUGGCCGCUAGGACGUCGUGAUGCUGCAUUUCUCCAGUGAAGUAUAGGUCGGCAUCGACACCACCAAGCAUGGAGCCUCCCGAACCGGCACAAAUGGCGACUGUUUUGAUUUUCCGCUCCUUCUCAUACGGAGUACAUACUUGUACCUGUCCGUUCAUACCCAAGUAAAGCUUGAUGCGCUUCACAGCAUCCAAGAUCGACAACCCAGGUCCAGGAAGAGUAAGUAAUCGUCCCGUUCCACCGCGUUCGUCAUUCUUAUCCUCUAAGCACUUCACGUCGGGUUCCACAUUACUAUCCACAAACGCACGUGCAAGCCAGUCGUUGAUUCCUCCAUGCACAGAAUCCAGUGCAGAGUGCGGGGAAUACACACUGAUUCCUGCUUGUGCUAGCUGGAGAAGGGACCGUUGCAGUGGAUUUGUAAGCGUUAGAGC